AUCGUUCGGCCAUUCCGCGUACAAAAAGGCAAAAAUCUCAAAAACCGCUUCUGAGUGGUUCAGACUUUCGCGAGGGGGCUCUCUCUCUCUAAAAGAAGCAGCGCCGCCGCCCUUCCUCUCUCUACCAGUCACAGGCUCACAGCGCUUCACCGGUAAGAAUUCCCAAUCUCUUGUCGCAUGAGAGACAGCGGAACACGUAGCCACGGUUUAUACGGUUUUUGUUUUCUCACUCCUUCUGUAUUUACUUUCUAGGGUUCUGAUAUCAAAAUCGAUACUCUUUUACGUAGCGGAAAGUUUAGAGCUCAGUAGAUACUUACAAAACAUAAAGUUUGAAUUUUUAUUCGUUAGUUUCACGAUUGAUUCUCAUAUUCGUUAUCACAUCCGCCUUUGAUUGGAUCUAGGCGUUGAAUUUAGGGUUUUUGAACUAUAAAUUCUCUUUAGAUUGAUUGGGUGGUUCUAGGAUUUAGAUUUUUUCGGAUAGGCAGAUUUGAGGGUUGAGAUGGCAGCAGGAAGACAUGGGGGUUAUCGCGAUAAUGAAUUCAGGGAUCGCGAGUCCGAUUUUAACGUUUCGAGGCGGGAAUUUUCGUUUCCCAACAGUGAUUAUGAUAGGAUUAGAAACGGGGAUCGUAACCAUGGGAGGGGUCGGUUUCGUAACCAGGGCAAGGGGGAUAGGGAUAGGGUUAGGGUUAGAGGGAAAGAUAUCAAGGAGAGGGAACUAAGUAAUGGUGGAUAUCGGUCUGCUUCUAGUAGGAGUGAUUCUGGUAGCAGUGGCAGUGGUGCGAAUCGGAGUCAGUUUUCAGUUGGGGCCAUGGACCGAGAACCAGGUGAAUUGUCGAGUGAAAGUGGAUCUGAUGAGGCUAUUGAUUCUGAAUCACAGGUUAUAGUGAAUGAUGAUUUGAAGUUAGAGAACACAGGUAGCUUACCUGUGGAGAGUAAGAAGAGGAAGUUUUCACCGAUUGUUUGGGAUAGAGAUGACAAGGAAGUGAGCAAUACCUCUCGAAGUUCUUCCGUCGCUACUUCCCUCCCUCCUCCGCCACCACUCCCUAAGUCUUACCGUCAGUCACCUACACUUAUUUUGGAUGGGGGUGUACUUAUUUCUCCUGUAGAAGACAGUAAUGUUCAGACUUUGGAACCUUCGCCAGCUAACCCUCCUGUGGUCACGGUGCUUGGCUUACAUGUAUCUGAUGUAUCCCUGUCCACAGUGGAUUUAUCUUCUUCACCUGAGGAGCAGAGAUAUGCUAACAACUAUCAGGAAAGAGAAGCAGAACAAGCAGAUGAUGAGGACUACAUCCCGACAAGGAAAAUAUCAGCCUCUCGAUGGGCAGCUGAUGCCAAUUCUCCAGUUGAUGAAGGUGAAAUUUCUGAUGCUGAAGAAAUGCCUAAAAGGAGGAAGAAAACACCUCUUUCCGAGUCGAUGGAAAUGAAGAUCCGAAGUAAGUCAUUAACUCCUGAGCCGGGGGAGCUUGACAGGGAAGGCUCUGAAGGAGCGAGGGCUAGGUCAUCUGAAUCUGAUGGAGGUUACCAUGCUAGGUCUUCCAGCGGAGAUGAUUACCCUAUGGAUAAUUCUUACAAGAACGAUUACAUGGAGAUAAAUGAGGAACAGAAUAAUAAUUGUAUUAGGGUUAGCCGGUCACAUGCAGAAUCGGAGAAUGAACAUGAUUCUCAUGGUACACCAGAGCCCGUGAUCACUUCGAAAAGAACUGUAAACAUGCUUAAGGCAUGUAGAAGUGUUGAUGUGUUUGAGAAACUGAACAAGAUAGACGAAGGAACUUAUGGGGUUGUUUAUAGAGCAAAGGAUAUGGAUUCCGGUGAUAUUGUUGCACUGAAGAAGGUCAAGAUGGAAAAAGAGAGAGAGGGUUUCCCUUUGACUUCGCUGAGGGAAAUAAACAUUCUUCUUUCUUUUCAUCACCCAUCGAUUGUGGAUGUUAAAGAGGUUGUGGUCGGGAGUGCUCUUGAUAGUAUCUUUAUGGUGAUGGAAUACAUGGACCAUGAUCUUAAGGUAUUUAUGGAGACGAUGAAACACCCAUUUAGUCAGAGCGAAGUUAAAUGUCUAAUGCUUCAGCUAUUAGGGGGUGUCAAGUAUCUCCAUGACAACUGGGUGCUUCACCGGGACUUGAAAACGUCAAAUCUGCUUCUGAAUAAUCAGGGUGAGUUGAAGAUAUGUGACUUUGGGCUGGCUCGUCAAUAUGGCAGCCCAUUGAAGCCAUACACUCAUUUGGUGGUGACCUUGUGGUACAGGGCACCUGAGCUUUUGUUAGGUGCAAAGCAGUAUUCAACAGCAAUUGACAUGUGGUCGUUGGGAUGUAUUAUGGCUGAACUGUUAUCAAAAGCACCAUUGUUUAAUGGGAAAACAGAAUUUGAUCAGCUUGACAAGAUUUUCAAAAUCCUUGGCACCCCAAAUGAGACUAUUUGGCCUGGGUUUUCCAAACUUCCUGGAGUAAAGGUGAACUUCGUAAAGCACCAGUAUAACCUAUUGCGUAGGAAAUUUCCGGCUACAUCUUUCACUGGAUCACCAGUUCUCUCUGAUGCUGGAUUUGACUUAUUGAACAAACUUCUAACUUAUGACCCUGAGAAGCGAAUAACAGCUGAAGACGCUCUUAAUCAUGAGUGGUUCCGUGAAGUUCCUCUUCCUAAGUCUAAAGAGUUCAUGCCUACUUUUCCGGCUCAACAUGAGGAAGACAGGCGUUUGCGAAGCCGAAGGGUGAUGAAGAGUCCUGAUCCUUUAGAGGAGCAGCGUCGGAAAGAGUUGCAGCAAGGGGAAGUAGGGACUGGUGGUCUCUUUGGCUGAGCGAACUGAGUAGUUUGUGCUUGGAAUUCUUUGAUUCCUGUUUCAGUUAUUUAAAGGUCUUGCAAAUUGACAUGGUUGAGCCACUGAGGAUUGAGGCGAGAAUCAUGCAUUGAAAGAAAGUUUCAAACCUCAUUCCCUAGCAAUCAUUGAUGCUCUUUUAGCAGGCCCCUUGAGGACCUAGGUGGAGAAUCAACCUUUUUGCUUCUCAUGCCACCAGAUCUGUAGCACGUUGACUUCAUUUCUCCAGCUUUGGCCAUCACAUAGAGUUGCAUAUCUGACACUGCUAGCAUUGCAAGGUGCGACAAACGGCCUUCUUUUAAGAAGUUUCAGAUGAAACUUGUCUAUGUAACAUAUUGCCCAUUUGUUCCCUGUAAACAAUUCUCGUAAAAGUUUAGAAUGUGGUUUUGAAUACCAGAACAGUAUGGAUUUACUACGUACUAUUAGUUCUACCCUUUUAAUCCUCGUAUUGUGUUUGCAAUAGACAGUUGGUGUUACUCGGAGGGGGAGUUCUUACCAUUGACGAAGAAUUUGACCAAAACUCUUCCACUUGGAAGGUAAUAACUUAGUUUGGCAUCUGUGGAAUCUACGAGAGAUUGAAUGUGGAAUAUGCCUAUUGCAAAUUUUGUGCUAUUAGCCUGUUAUACUACAGUAAUGUAGGUUAAUCAUUGCUUAUGUUUAGGUAUACUGUUUGGUUUGGUUUGGUUUCUUACAACAAACUUCCCAUGCGAUAACUUGGAACUAUGAUGGAGUGAAUGAAGCUGUAUGUUUCUGUCUCAUGUGUUUAGUUUCAACACAAGGAACCAAUUAUUAUUGGAAAAGUGACACUGUUUUGUGUUCAAAGUGAUUAGAAUAUAUUGAUAUUGCUUUCCAAGAUAGAGUGGACUGCCCUCUCUUUCCAUGACCAGUUGAAUCAUUUACCAAUCAAUGUGUAUGGUGCAGAGUUUCUCUAAUGGUAUUUAUGAUGGAAGAGUUUUUGAGUUUCACAUGCCACUUGUCAAUCACUCAGAUUUGGAGCUUAUCCUGUGUAAUGAUAAGGAUUUUAAUUAUAGGUGAAUUACUCGGGGUUGCUUGGCAAUUCUAGGACCAUUAUUGCUUUGUUGUUCUCUAUGUAGUAUGUCGAGGCGCAAAUCUUUUGUUGAGAUUGGGGCCAUGAAAGCUAAUGACCAAAUGACAUUGGCUCUCUUUUUGUUUCCACAAACUACUUGGUGCUUGUGUAUUUUUGGAGCCAUCUCCUGCAAUGACAACUCAAGGUGAUAGGUUUUUAGUGGUUAGUUAUGUAUGACAUAUCAAACCUGGAUGAAGAAAGUCAAAUUUUCAUUAAGGUCCUAUCCAUUUGUUGAUGAUAAGUUUGCAUAACCUAUCAGAAUGAGGUUGCUAGUGCGCUUCCAAAAGUAGUUGCACGUAGACGUGUUUACUUAAUUCAUAUAGACUGAAAAUAUGCUUGGGACUUGCCAAAAAAUACCUCAUUACUGUCCAUGGAAAAACUCAUCUUUCCUGUGAAUUACAUUGCUUCAUGUUAUAGUGUGAGAAGAGGCAGUUCCUGUGCUGUCGUCUUGUUUCAGAUUGUGUGAUGCAUGCUUAUAUGGCUCUAGGUUUAUGUAAACCUAUCAUAUGGUAGUUCUUGAGUAAGUAUUUCUGAUUUUGUUUCUAUUGUUUCCUCCUGAUUUUUGCAACUUUUGGAGUGCUCGCCUUUACGUGUACGUCAGUUGUUUCUUGGCAAGAUUCUGGUUGACUGAGCUUAUUUGUAUACAUACAACACAUUUGCAUUUCCUGUUUGUGAUCUGUUGAACUGUUGAGUAUGGAGUGAACAUAUAUUAAGUACAAAAUACUACCUCUUUGCUCUUUUCCCUUGAGCUUUUUCCUUUGAAUCUAUUUUUCUCUUCCCCCUCCCCAUCUUUAUAUCGGUGGUAUGAAAGCUUAGUUUUAUGACAUUUUCUGGGAAUGUCACUGCAGUAUCAGAGCAAGCAGGUUGAGGAGGUUACUUACACAAAGUGGAAUAUAUAGGAAUUCCAAUUAUGUUUUCCGUUCUUCAGAAAUUCGUUUUGUUUCUUUCAGGCUCAAUAAGGUAUCUUAUCAACCUCGAAUUUCGAAUUAUGUUUUCUGUUCAGAAAUUCGGUUUAUUUCUUUCAGGCUCAAUAAGGUAUCUUAUCAACCCCUGUUCUGCGGUAAUAUGGUUUAUUAACAAGAUUGAUUUUUUUCGUUUUUGUGAUCCUUAACUGUUCUGCUUUUUGAAUGUGAAUGACCAGGUCUAGUAGAUGUUUAUGUAAUAAUGUCCAUACCAUAAGUGUACAUACUUAUUAACUGAAUGGCUAGCAUGCGUGGUGAAAUUAUAUCCUUUAUAUCACUUGAUAGUCUGAAAACUAGGUGCGACUUGCGAGACUCGGUACUUAUUGUGCCCCUGGACAUUGUAGAGAAUGCUAGAUGUUAUUGGUGAGGCUGUGCCAUGGUCACAAUUUACCCCUGCACAUAGAUUGCCUUCCAACUUUCUUUUUGGAGACGGUUUCUCUACAUCAGAAAAUAUAACCCUUAUUUCACCUUAAGCUAUCCUGUCCGGCUGUCCCCAACGCCCUCUACCUUUUUUUUUUGGUAAGCAAAUUUUAUUAAACCACCAAAAGCACAAAAAGCUACAAAAGAACAAAGGGGCAUUCCCCCGAAACAACAAAGCAACAAAGCCUACAACCGGCCUAACAAAACUAGGCAACAUGUACAGAGUCCAACAACCAAGUAUCACAAAUCUGAUGAUUCUGGGCAGAGAACUUGAUGGAAGACGAAGAGCUUGCUUUAGCUCUAACCGAGUUUAAAUUUCUGAAGUCACCCCAUUAACAUCCCUGGAUUUGUUUUGGAAGUUUCUAAGAUUUCGCUCCCGCCAUAAAACAUAAAUGGAAGCUGCUAACAACAACUUAUAAAUUGUAUCUCAAAGAUUUUUACCCUUCCUAUUCUGGGCAGCCCAUUCCAACUCUUGAGAUAAUGGUAGAAGAGGCCUAUCCAAACCAUUCCGAGCUAAAAUUUGCCGCCAAAUCGCAGAAGAAAAACAGCAAUCAAAGAAGAGAUGGGUAUGAGACUCCAUCCCAUUUUGGCAGAGAGAGCAUUGAGGAGAGACCUCCAUACCCCAGCUUACUAAUCUGUCCUUGGUAGACAGUCUUCCCAAGAUAGCUAGCCACUCAAUAAAGCUCCAUUUGGGCACCGCUUGGCCAAACCACACAAGAGUGUGCCAAGGCUGAAAGGCAUUUCUAUGCCUACAAGCUUCCCAAGCCAACUUGGCUGUAAAAAUACCAUCCUUUGUAAGAGUCCAAAUAACCUUGUCAGAGCUGGAUGGAUUAAGAAGAAAACCAACUGGGGUUUCUCUAAUAUCCAUAAUAAAUCUGUUGCGUUGCCUUGGCCAUUUCCAGAAACCUCUAUCAAUAAUGGAGUCUACUUUUGUUCUUAAAGCUCUCCCCCUUUGAGCCACAACGGCCUCACCAUACCUCUUGUACAAAUCACCCAAAGGAUAUGCCAAUUAUCUGUCCAUAGAAACGUCUCGCUGCCAUCAUCUAUGAUGCAUCUAAUCCAGUCCUGACAUGUAUUACGCAGCUUCAACAAUUUCCUUACAACCCAAGAAGCCUCAGUAGGAAUUUGAAUCCCCCAUAAACUUUGACCUUUACAGCCCGUUUGGUACGCGAGAGUUCGCGCGAGAAGAAAGGGGACGGGGAGAGUGCUCAAUCUCUCCCUUGUUUGGUAGGGGAACAAGGCGAGAGAGGUUGAGAGAUGGAGGGAGACCAGAACCCCUCCCAAGCCCAAUUUUGUUUCUCACCAAAAGUGGCAACAUUCAGUGAGAAAGGGGAGCGGGUGGUCCACCCCUUGUCGGAUCGUCGUUGGACGAGUGGCUGUGCGUCACCGGAGAAGAGAGAGUACCAGGUUUGCCGCAGAAGAGAGGGAGAGAGUUUCAGCUCGCUGGAGAAGAGAUCAGUUGCCUGAGAAUUUGAUUUCUCACUGUUAUUUUGAUGGGAGGGUGAGAAAUCACACCCCUUUCUUUUCUUUUCUCACUAAUAAGGGAGAACCCCUUUCUUCUCUUUUCUCACCCCUCCAUCCAAAGGGGCUGUUAAGGAUAUAAACAUGAACCCAUUUAACCCAUAAUGAAUCAGCCUUAAGACUGAGAGCCCAGAGAUGCUUCAUGUUGAUAGCUUGAUUCCAUUCCUUGAUAGAACCAAACCCUAAACCUCCUUCAUUUUUAGGAACGCAAAGGUUGGACAAGCUAACUUUCACUCCAGAUGCUUCAUCUCUGUUCCUGACCAAAGGAAAGCACACAGAAGACUUUCCAUUUCCUUGAUGAUUUUCUGAGGCACCCUCUUAACUUCACCUGGUUAGUUAUGGGAUUCAUUAAUAAGUUACAGUAUUGUUCAUUUUUUUGUCAGCAUAUCGGAAAUGGAAUUACAUAUCGGGGUUUAGUUCGCUUGGCCUUUUGAUGCUACUUGUUAGACUGCCCUCAUUUGUUUGCACUUUGCACUACUCAUUGGUUUGAUUAUUUACUGCUCAUCCAUUGGAUAUUUAAUAAUACAUCCCCUGUUGAUUACUCCCCACAAGCUUCAUUUGGCUAUUCCGUUUGACCAAAAAAAAACAAGCUUCAUUUGGAGCAAAUACUGGAAAUUAUUUUUCUUUCUUAUUGGUUCUGCACACUAUUAUUUAACAACUUUCCUGUAUAGAUUAUUGAGCAUCUAAUAUUCUGUGAGGGUGGAAAAGCUACUCCUAUGUUCUUUGUAAUUUGGUGUCUUAAAAUAGUUGGCAUUUUUGUGGUCUUUGUGUUUAGUUGCUUUUCUUAAUGGUAUUUAGAUUUUUCCAUUGUUUCCCCCGAGUUACUUCUAUGGCCUUCUUAAAUAGUAUUAAGUUGUUGUAGGGGAUACUAGUAUGGUGUUUUGGUUAAUGAACUAAUGGCCAUUGUUCGAGAGGUUGCCUCUCUCUCUAAAUGGCUGUUUUGGUUUGCCUGCCUUAAUCUUUGUAUGAGGUUUGGUUAAGUGGGUUGUGGAUUUUGUGGAGUAUAUGAAUAUUAUAGAAUGUGAAGAAGUUUUUUUGUGUUGAAGAAUCCAGAAGACAUUCCUCGCAAAUUAAUUUGCAAAUACUUGGGAGCGAUUCGUGGGAAAUUAAUCCAUCUCGCUCAGAUAGGGACACCGGACAGGAGCUGUAUGGCCAGGGCCUUGGAGUUAAAACUGUUCAAGGUUGCAAAUGGCAAGCGAAGACGAAGCGAUAGCAAGAUGCUGAAAAAAGACUUUUGUCUGUUGUAAUGCUUUUGAAAAAGAAAGAAAUGGAACCUUAUAUAAUUUCCUCUGGAAAAAACUCAUUUGUAAGUGGUCCUCUGAAUUCACUCAUGCCAUGUAUAAAAACAUGUUUUGUCUGAAUAGAGAAUUUGCCGCCUCGAGUACCAAA